AUGCGUCGUUUUGAGUCCGCCGCUGUCGUCGCCUCUCUCCUGGCCCUCGCCGGGUGGGCGGCGGCUGACAGCGUGUCUGUCACCCCCCACGCCAGCUACUCUUCGUCUGUCGGCGUCCUAGGCUGCAAGAUCGACACCAACCGUGUUGCCUACUGGCCCGGCUCCGUGGACUGCACCAACAUCUGUGUCAAGCUGACGUAUGGCAGCCGCUCGGUCAACCUGCUGCGCAUCGACAAGUCUGCUGGUGCUCAUGACGUCAGCUAUGACGCCUGGGCUUAUCUGCAGACAGGUAACUCGGCUACAAUUGACCCCAUUGCCGGCGGUGGUAUCGAAAUGGAAUACGAGGACGUCGAUGCGUCCGAGUGCGCGGAUCUGAUCCAUACCGCCGGCUCGAAGCUGCCGCUGAGUGCUUCUAACAGCAUGGACUACGUCGCCAGCUGCAUUUCCGAUUCGAGCAGCUGGGUCGGACUGAAUUACGUCCUUUAUAACAUCUUGGACCCCAUCUGUUCCUACGGCUACGACGAGGUGUGCAAUCUGGACCUGGAUGUCAGCAACCAGGCCAGCUGCCCGCACACCCUCGGCCUGACUACCUCACUCACCACUGCCCCCGUAUACAAUAUUGAAUAUGACACGGGCAUGGCCGUGAAUGCCGCGACAGGAGACACCGUGUCGGCUAGCGUGGCCCUGGCGGCGGACGGCAGUGAUGCUGACAGCACUUCAGACAGCACUUCAGACAGCACUUCAGACAGCUCCAGUGCCUCUACAGAUACUACCACGUCUACGCUUCUGACUGCAGCCACUGUAGCCGCCGUUGUUGUCAAGCCGAGCUCGACCUUAGGCACCACCCUAGCUACUGUUGCUGUUUUCUCUUCCAGCGCUAUCACAAGCCCAACCUCUGCCUAUACAGUGGUUGAGACUUCCGUUGCAGCCGCCAUGACAACUUCUGCCGUCGAUACAACCACGGCUGUGCAGCCGUCCUCCAACUCACCAGGCUUUCGGCUGCAGCUUCGGCUACAAAAACCACCAGCGUUAGUGACGCGGCCAACGGCACCGGCACGAGCAGCUCAGCCACUGCGGCCACAACUUCAGGUGCCAUGA